CAGACCGGGUAAAAUCUAUGGAGGGAAGCUACUUCAACUCAACUUAGCUGUGUUGCAUGCACUAUUCUUGGCUGGUAAUAUUUUGCUGUGUUGAUCCUACCUGCAACAUAUAAACGAUCAACUAAGUAAACUCCAAGUAUAGCGUUUUAAAUGAACAGAGAAGUUCUGAACUAGGUCUUUGGAGUAAGUCCAAAAUUUAACAUGCUGAAAUAGUUUUUUUUUUUUUUUGCCAAGACAGUUGUCUGAGAGACAGUCUCUGUUUUUCUGAAGGCGAAAGAAACUUCAGAAGUUUCAGAGACUGUAUUAAACCAAAAGGAGAUGGACAGCUGAACGAAACUUCUGUGCUGAAGAAAUCCUAUUGUCUUUAGUGAAGUCUUCUUUACACAGUUGGGUACUAGAGCUGACAAUGAAGAUGAACACGGUCUGCAGAUGGAUAGCCCAAGACAAGCUUCCAAUAUAGAUCCACUGCUUUGGAGUUAUACUUGAAGCGACUGACCGAUGGAUUCUAGCGCAGCCUGUGAGUUGCUGACAUGAGCUCAAGGGCACCCAGCACACAAGUCUGGAGGUGUCCGCUUUCCGGAGAAAUCUGAGCCCCUCAAUGAGCUGCUAAAAGACGCGAGGCUGUUUCACCGUGAGGACGUCAACCAUGGGCCUGUUAUGGUGCGGCGUGGGGCUGAUCGUGCGCGUCUAACCUGCCUGUAGCGCCCCCUUCUCCCCCCCCCUCACCCCUCUCCCGUACCCCUCCCCAACCCCAUGUCAGAUUGUUAUCUGAAUUAUGGAAAUUUUGUGGAAGACGCUGACUUGGAUAAUGAGCCUGGUCGCCAUGGCUGCUACGGAAUUUCAGAGCGUCGACAGACUUUCUCACAACUCUCAAGAGGAGUUCUUGUCCUACCUGGAGCACUACCAGCUCACGGUGCCCGUACGGGUGGACGAGAACGGGAAGUUCCUCAGCUACACUGUGAAGCACCACCGCCCGGGUCGACGGCGACGAGGCGUGGCAGACCCCGCCUCCGACCCCCACCCCGGCCCCAACCCCGACCCCCACCCCGGCCCCGACCCCCACCCCUCAGAGACCCACCUCUUCUACAGACUGUCGGCCUACGGGAAGCACUUUCACCUGAAUCUGACGCGCACCCCCCAUCUGGUGUCCAAACACUUCACUGUGGAGUACUGGGGGAGGGAGGGGCUGGAGUGGAGGCACGACAUGCUGGACAACUGCCACUAUGUGGGGUUCCUGCAGAACCAGUUCAGCACCACCAGAGUGGCGCUCAGCAACUGCAAGGGCUUGCAUGGCGUUAUCACAACAGAAGAAGAGCAGUAUAUAAUAGAGCCGUUAAAGAAUAGAUCUUCUACGACGUCCAGUUCGUGGGACCUGGAGGAGGCGCAGCAGCAUGUUAUUUAUAAGAAGACUUCCAUCCCCUCGCCACAAGACCACGGCCAGGAGUACGGCUGUGGGGUCUCAGACUUCACAAAAAAACAGAAACCUUGGCCAUUCGGCACCCCUGCCCCCCCGCCCCCUGUCGCCCCAGGCAACGGCAGCGAGUCCGGCCACGGGCGCAGGCAGAAGCGUUCCGUCAGCACCGAGCGCUUCGUAGAGACUCUGGUGGUCGCCGACAAAAUGAUGGUCGGUUACCAUGGACGCAAAGACAUAGAACCCUACAUCCUGUCUGUGAUGAAUAUUGUUGCCAAACUUUACCGUGAUGCCAGUCUAGGAAAUGUUGUGAACAUUAUUGUAACCAGGUUGAUUGUGCUAACUGAAGAUCAGCCCAACCUGGAGAUCAAUCACCAUGCCGACAAGUCCCUGGACAGCUUCUGCAAGUGGCAGAAAUCCAUCCUCUCUCACCACGGAGACGGAAACAGCAUCCCAGAGAACGGCAUGGCUCACCAUGACAACGCGGUUCUCAUAACCCGGUAUGACAUCUGCACCUACAAGAACAAACCCUGUGGUACCCUGGGUAAGUGUUCCUCAUUCCUCCACCCACUGUCCCGACGUGACCAUGGGGAGGGGGGCUCAGUGGGAGGCGUGUAUCCACUUCCUGUGCCCAACAGUGCCCCGGGGCAGGUGUACGACGCGGACGAGCAGUGUCGCUUCCAGUACGGAGCCUCCUCGCGUCAGUGCAAAUACGGGGAAGUGUGUAGAGAGCUGUGGUGCCUAAGCAAAAGCAACCGUUGUGUCACGAACAGCAUCCCUGCGGCCGAGGGGACCCUGUGCCAGACAGGGAGCAUUCAGAAGGGGUGGUGCUACCAGGGGGAGUGUGUGGGCUUCGGCACCUGGCCCCAGAGCGAGGACGGAGGCUGGGGGCCCUGGUCCCUGUGGGGGGAGUGCAGCAGGACGUGCGGAGGAGGGGUGUCAUCUUCCGGGAGACACUGUGACAGCCCAGCGCCUUCAGGAGGAGGGAAGUACUGUCUGGGGGAAAGGAAACGCUACAGGUCAUGUAACACCGACGCCUGUGCGGCAGGAUCCAGGGAUUUCCGAGAGAAGCAGUGCGCCGACUUUGACAGCAUGCCCUUCCGUGGGAAGUACUACAACUGGAGGCCCUAUACUGGAGGCGGUGUGAAACCCUGUGCUCUGAACUGCCUGGCCGAGGGGUACAACUUCUACACGGAACGUUCCCCCGCGGUCAUCGACGGUACCCGUUGCCAGGGCGACUCGUUGGACAUCUGCAUCAAUGGGGAGUGCAAGCACGUGGGCUGUGACAACAUCCUGGGGUCCGACGCCAAGGAGGACCGCUGUCGCGUGUGCGGAGGGGAAGGGAGCACCUGCGAGGCCACCGAGGGCCUGUUCAACGACUCCCUGCCCAGAGGAGGCUACAUGGAGGUUGUUCAGAUACCCAGAGGUUCAGUGCACAUUGAAAUCAAAGAAGUUGCCAUGUCCAAAAACUACAUCGCCUUGAAGUCCGAGGGAGACGACUACUACAUCAACGGGGCGUGGACGAUCGACUGGCCCAGGAAGUUCGACAUCGCGGGGACCGCCUUCCACUACCAGAGGCCCCCGGACGAACCCGAGUCCCUGGAGGCCCUCGGAGCCACCACGGAGAACCUGGUCGUCAUGGUGCUCCUGCAGGAGCAGAACCUGGGAAUCCACUACAGGUUCAACAUCCCCAUCCAGCGCACAGGAAGUGGCGACAACGAGGUGGGGUUCGCCUGGCACCCCCUGCCAUGGUCAGACUGCUCCGCCACCUGUGCUGGAGGCUCCCAGAGGCAGGAGUUGGUGUGUAAGCGUCUGGAUGAUAACUCGGUGGUCCAGAACAACUACUGUGACCCGGACAGCAAACCUCCAGAGACCCAGAGAGACUGCAACACAGAGGCCUGCCCUCCCGAGUGGUUCAUCGGGGACUGGUCUGACUGCGGGAGGACGUGUGACGGGGGGACACGGACCCGCACUGUGCUCUGCGUCCGCAGGAUAGGCCCCGCCCAGGAGGAGACCCUGGAAGACAGCCACUGCCUCACACACCGGCCAAUCGAACGCGAGUCCUGCAACAACCAGUCCUGCCCCCCCCAGUGGGUCACCUUGGAUUGGUCAGAGUGCACGCCUAAGUGUGGCCCCGGGUUCAAGCAUCGCAUCGUCCUGUGCAAGAGCAGCGACCUGACCAAGACCUUCCCCCCCGCCCACUGUCCCAGCCACAGCAAGCCCCCGGUCCGAAUCCGCUGCAGCCUGGGACGCUGUCCGCCCCCUCGCUGGAUCCCUGGGGAAUGGGGACAGUGCUCGGCGCAGUGUGGCCUGGGCCAGCAGAUGAGGCUGGUGCAGUGUGUGUCCUACACGGGGCAGCAGUCCAGUGAGUGCUCCGAGGCCCUCAGGCUCUCCACCAUGCAGCAGUGCGAGAGCAAGUGUGACGCCACGCCCAUCCUCAACGGAGACGAAUGCAAAGACGUAAACAAGGUGGCGUACUGCCCGCUGGUGCUGAAGUUCAAGUUCUGCAGCCGUGCGUAUUUCAGACAGAUGUGUUGCAAGACGUGCCAAGGACACUGACUCACCAGGACACUGACCCUCCAGGACACUGACCCUUCAAGACACUGACCCUCCAGGACACUGACCCUUCAAGACACUGACCCUCCAGGACACUGACCCUCCAGGACACUGACCCUCCAGGACACUGACCCUUCAAGACACUGACCCUCCAGGACACUGACCCUCCAGGACACUGACCCUCCAGGACACUGACCCUUCAAGACACUGACCCACCAGGACACUGACCCUCCAGGACACUGACCCUCCAGGACACUGACUCACCAGGACACUGACUCACCAGGACACUGACCCUCCAGGACAAUGACUCACCAGGACACUGACUCACCAGGACACUGACCCUCCAGGACACUGACCCUCCAGGACACUGACCCUCCAGGACAAUGACUCACCAGGACACUGACUCACCAGGACACUGACCCACCAGGACACUGACCCACCAGGACACUGACCCUCCAGGACACUGACCCUCCAAGACACUGACCCUCCAAGACACUGACCCUCUAGGACACUGACCCUCCAGGACACUGACCCUCCAGGACACUGACCCACCAGGAUGGAGACACGGAGGGAGGGAGGGAGUGAGGGAGGGAGGGAGGAGGGAGACCUGGGACGGCACAGUGGAGAAGGAGGCAGACAGUAUGAUGGAAGCACGGAAGAUGAAAGGGAGGGAUUCACCCCGUUUCCCCCCCCCCCCCCUCCCACCCCGUUUCCCCCCCCCACACCUGGUCCCCCCGCCGUCACCUUGGAAAAACCAAACCACUGCUCAGCUCCGCACGCUGACACAGAACAGUUUUUAUGUUCACUUCUGUGAAGUGGAACUUAAGAGGAUCAUUUGUUAGUAAUGUUAUUUUUAUUAUAAUAAUAAUUAUUGAUAUUAUUGUUAUCCUUUAUUGUCAUCCGUUUGUCGUUUUUUUUUUCUUUCUUCAAUCCAAAGUGCUGGACACAUCACACACGGAGGGUGGACUCGAGGGAUGGAGGGAUGGAGAGAGGGAGGGGCUGGGGAGGAGAGGAGGAUUAGGACUGAGGAACGGUCUGUGUUGGGCUCUUGCUUUAAGACUGUGAUGGUGCUACAGGGGCAGACAGACCUCAGCUGGCUCCCCUGCCAGGUACAGACAGUCCCAUACAUGUACUGUAUAUUUAUUGUACAACUCAAGACAAGGCAUAAUCGACAUAUUGUUCUCUUAUCGUUUUGUGUCAGAUUGGUAUAUUUAGCCUACUGUAGCCUACAAGGAGGGGUAGUGUUGGUGUGACAGUUCCUGUCGUGAUGAUGCGCUUCCUGUUUGGAACCGACAGACCAGGUCUCAGAUCAGAUACAAUGUGCUGUGCUGGAAGGAGGUCUGUUUGUGUGUUUUUUUUUGCUGUUGUUUAUCCAUCCCUGCUGGAUGAGAGCUGAGGUCAAGCUGGUCCACUUCUCACUUCAUCACACUCAAAACAAAAGCUUGGAUCUGUCUGCUUGUGUUCCUGUGUACUUUUUCUGUUGGCUGUUUUCUUCUCUAAAUUUCGAGAUGCCCACCGGAGCCUCCAGCUACUCUCCCGAGAGAGAGCAUCGAGCCCGGGCUGUCAGACACAGGGCCCGGGCUGUCAGACACAGGGCCCAGGCUGUCAGACACAGGGCCCGGGCUGUCAGACACAGGGCCCAGGCUGUCAGACACAGGGCCCGGCCUGUCAGACACA